AUGCAUGCACACAUUAGUGUUUCUGGAAAUUUCAAUAGUGCAGGUCCCACCUCCAGUUCAGGUCCCCCUGCUGCCGUCAUGAGCAGUGUAGCUUGGUUUAGCAUUGCAUCCAAACUUGGGCUCAUGGUGUGUCUGGAGCAGGGGCAGAGGAAGGAGGUGCAGUGGGGGUGGGUCGCCCCGGGUAUCACCACUGAAGGGGGUGACAAAACGCCGGGCGGCACUCACUGCGGGGCCUGCAGUGUGCCCAAGCCAUGCGUCACUCCUGGGAGAGAUGCAGUGGUUUGGGCGUGCACAGGCUCUGCACUGCCUAAUGGUCCGCCUGCUGCCUCCCCCCAGCUGUAG